AUGACUGUGGAGGAAGUUAGUGAUGGCUCUGCGUGGAGUAGGGAGGAUGAUAUUGCCUUUGAGAGAGCUCUUGCGAUUCAUACCGAUGAAUCCGAGGAACGGUGGGAGAAGAUUGCUGCAGAAGUUCCAGGGAAAAGUGUUGAGCAGAUCAAAGAACAUUACGAGCUUUUAGUUGAAGAUGUUAGUAGGAUUGAAUCAGGGUGUGUGCCUCUUCCUGACUAUGGUUCUCCUGAAAGAUCGAACGGUCAUGCUGGUGAUGAAGGAGGAAGCAGUAAGAAAGGAGGAAACAGUCAUGCGGGCGAGUCUAACCAAGGAAGCAAGGCAAAGUCAGAUCAAGAACGACGAAAGGGUAUUGCGUGGACAGAGGAUGAGCACAGGUUAUUUCUUCUUGGGUUGGAUAAGUAUGGGAAAGGUGAUUGGCGUAGCAUUUCUCGUAAUUUUGUGGUAACAAGAACACCGACCCAAGUUGCGAGCCACGCUCAAAAGUAUUUCAUUCGUCUAAACUCAAUGAACAAAGACAGAAGGCGAUCAAGCAUUCACGACAUCACUAGUGUUGGCAACGCAGAUGUCUCAACGCCACAAGGACCAAUCACUGGCCAGAACAACAACAACAACAACAAUAGCACCGGUUCUGCUGCUGUUGCUGGAGGUGGAAACAAAUCAGCCAAGCCAGCCGCCUCUCAACCACCACCGGGACCUCCUAUGUACGGAACGCCCACUAUUGGUCAACCGGCAGUUGGAACACCAGUGAAUCUCCCAGCUCCACCUCACAUGGCUUUUGGAGUCCAUGCUGCUGCAGUCCCUGGCUCAGUGGUUCCUGGUGCACCAAUGAACAUGGGUCAGAUGCCGUACACAAUGCCUCGUACACCAACCGCUCAGAGGUAA